CCUCCUAUUACUCAUCAUGUUAACAUGACAAGAUACAACGGUGGGCUCUUUCUCGCUUGAGUGCAACCAGACAGUCAAUCGACCCUAUCUAAAGAGACUGACCACUUCCUUUGACCACCUGAACACCGGUACCUAGUUGAUAUUGAUUGCAGGUGAGGCGAGCAUAUCCAGUCUGCUUGGCGCCUGAUUAGCAGGGCAGCUUGGUCGCUGAGAAGUAGUCCGCCACUUGCAUUGCCCUCAACAGAAAAUGAUUUUAUCCUGGACGGAUUUUCUCUAUUCCUCGCUGGCAUGCUGGAGCUAGUCCGUUAUUGAGGUCAAGCAGUGGGCAUCUUCAUUAAAUAGUUAUCCGGCACCAAUUACGUUGCUGGAGCAAAGAAGAAGAACAUAACAGCGCUGCAAUGACUUAAUAAAUGAUAUUUUCUUGUGAUAAAACAUUUUGAACAGUUUUAUUGAUGAUCGGAGAGAACUUGAACAAUUAGCUCUUGCUUCUAGUAUCAGCAAGUUCGAUUUACGUGACGACCAAUUCUCGUUAUUUUCAGUUUGAACCAGGUUUGCAUCAGAACUGAUUUUGAUAUCGGUUGUGGACUAUGGAAAACAUCAUGGAAGGGAAAAGUAUCAUUGAUGAAAUACCAAUGCCGUAUGGGCACCUUAGUUCUGACUCUCUUAAGCGUUAUCAAAAUCAAGAUAUAGCUCAAAUAUACCACAGAGAACACGGUCGCAAUUGCCAUGUACAUUACGAUGAUGCGAAGGCAGAUGACUUUUCUAAAUCCAGCAAGUCAAGUUCAAGUUCAGAAACAAGCUCAGAAAACGGAGACUGUUACGAUGACAUGCGGCGGGACUACGAUCGUGACGACGACUCCAGUACGACCGUUGGUGGCACCUUGGUCAAAAGACGUUUCGCUGACGUCAAACCUCCCUAUUCGUACAUCGCAUUGAUCACAAUGGCGUUGGAAAGCUCCAAAGACGGAAUGAUGACGUUAAAUGAGGUAUACCAAUUUAUCAUGGACAAGUUCCCGUACUUUAGAGAAAACCAACAAAGGUGGCAAAACUCAAUUCGGCAUAAUUUGUCACUUAACGACUGCUUCAUCAAAGUUCCCCGGGCACCUGGCCGCCCAGGGAAGGGUAACUAUUGGGCCCUGCAUCCAUCGUGCGGGGAUAUGUUUAGUAACGGGAGCUUUCUCCGACGCGCUAAGAGGUUUAAAUUACACAAGAGUAAAAACGACCCAGCGGAGAUUCGGCAUAUCAACUCUUACAGCCAUUUUAAUCUCUGUAGCACCUAUCUUGGGUCCCCGUACCCAUCUCCUUAUGCUAGACAGCGUCAUCCAUACGCUCCAAUAUCAUCACCGCAUUCUCUCCGUCACACUGCCAAUGAUGUCGCCGAUACUCCAUGGUCAUCGGGGGUACCUUUCGAUGUUUUCACCCCAUCGCUAUCGGCGUUGUACAACUCGUCAUUAAACCAAUAUUUCCCCGUCAGCGCGCUCUCGUCACAUCUUGAUCUACCGGCACAUCAUCACCCGGCCGGUGCUGCGGCGGGACCCCCAGGCUAUGUCUCGAUACCCAGUCGAAGCCCAUACAACUCUCAAACGGCAGCACAUUACUUACACUUCAAUCGAAAACUUUCCUUAUGAUAAAGAAGGACGUACAGAAUUAAAUGUCAAACUUUGUGAAAUAUUCUUGCAAUUUACAAGACUGAGAAACCAAAAAUAGGCCUACUGCUGAAUAUUUACUGUGAAAUUGUUCUUCAUUCUGUAUUCACACUAUGAAAUUUAAUAUAAGAUGUUGAUUUGGAAUCCCGUCUGUUUUUAUUUAUUUCUUAAUAAUAUCCAUCCCCAAAAAAUAUCUUCCCCCACUAAAAGAAAAUACCAUUGGCCAAAAAACUGAAUAACAUGAACAAGUUGUAAUGGGAGAUUUGGGGCCCGAAUCAUGCGAACAGAAAGAACGGAUUGAAAAGUAAUGUAAACUUAUCAUUCUUUUGUAAAUGGUAUGCAGCCGAAUCGGGUAAUUGAGUGUAAGGUAGUUAUAAGUACAAACAUUUUUCGGCUAUUUUCGGCAUUGUCGUCUUAAAAAGACGACAGAAAUACAAAAGCAGACGAUUUAGAUUUUAGAUAUUUGAUAACUAAUCAUAAUUAUUUAACAACAAUAGUACUUGUAUAUGUUUCAGACCAGGUGUGUUUUAUAGUAUUUGUUUUCGACGAUGUGAAUUAAGAAAGGCUUGUUCUUUAUACCAAAAGUAAAUUUAUUUAUACCAAAAGUAAAUUUAUUAUUUUUAUUUAAAGUAGACCAGUUCUUUACUUCGAGGGGGCAUUAAUGUUUACCCAGAUCCAUAGUAACUUUAAAAACUUUAUACCUAUUCCGUUUGUCGCAUCUCAUUUCUGUAAAUAUCGUCUUCAAAUCUUAUAUUCCAUCCUUGUUAGAAUGAUUUUUUGACUGUGCGAUAUCACUCAAAGUGCCAAACGUUUUGUAGUAUAUAAUACACCAUUUGGUUUCCAUGUUAAAUCUUAUUAUUUAUUAAUGUUGUCGUGUUUCCAAUAUUGUCAUCCAAUUCUAUUGUAUGCUUUUUUCGUUAUACAAUUAUCUGAAAACUGUAACUAUACGGUUAUCGCUAAAACAAAUCAAAUCAUGUACUGGAUACUGUUACAAUGACAUUUCUAAGUAUUUUGGAAAUUAUAUCAUAUUCAUUUAUAAAUUAUUAUUUUAAGAAAUUUUCUACACCAUGGGUAACAUCUCUUUCUAUGGUGUAUAAUUAUUUUGUCCCACUGACUCUUUGACAAAAAGUUUCUAAUAAGUAUCAGCAUGAUCAUAAUAGCGAUAUGAUUUCUCGGCAAUGUAUAAUUGUCCAAGAAUGCUCGACGCUAUGUGCAUGACAAAAAUUAGCUAUACUUGGAUUUGUUUUCAAUUUAUGCCAUUAAUGGAGAUUAAUGAAGAUAGCUUGACAAUCACAAAAUAGUACGAAAAUGACGUUGUUUAUCUGUAGAAAAAAACACAAGAGGGUAAUAUAUCAGGACGUUUUAAACAAAUUAGAUUUGCAUCAUACAUAGUGGCCAUCUCGAUUUUAAAGAAUAUGUCAGAAUGUUCAAUUGCAAGUUUCUGAAACAUUAUGCUGAAUAUGUUCAUUAAUUAAUUUAUUCAUUCAUUUAUCAAUUUCCCCAAUAUUAUUUUCUGCUACAAUAAAGUUUCUCAAUUUAGAUGGUCCUCAUGAUAACCAUAUAAAUCAUAAGAUGAGUAAUCAUUUAAAUAUUAUCUGAUUUUAUCCUACUCAUUUUUUAACUAUUUUUGAUUCCUCAACAAACCUUGAUAAUUUUAAUUGUUGACGGCAUUUGCUAAUAUUUUCAACUCAUUUGAGUUUUACAAUUUACCAAAGACAUGAAUAGAUUUUGAAGGGGAAAAUGUGUAUAUGUUCAAUUGAUCAUUAUAUUUCAAAAUGAAAAUAGGUAAUUGAUAUAUAUUUCCCCAAAAACACAAAAAUCUAGUUUUUCAUCAUUGAAAUAUUAAUCAUAUUUGUAUGAUGUUACAAUAUUAUAAGCGAGAAUUCAAAUUUCUCUGCGAUAAAUAGUUAACGAUGGUGUUCACUUUGAUUAAUCUUAACUGUGUUCUCAACGUGGUCGGUACGCACGGGGGCAGACAGGCAGCCCCCCCCCCCCCCCCCGAAAUUUCGAAAACCUGCAUUUUUUUACUCAAAAAAAAAAUCACCAAGAGUGUACACAAAAGCCUUCAAUCUGACUUUAGAAAAUGCAAAGCUUGGCUUCGCUCCCUUGCUUUGGUGUUUUUUCAAUUUUUUACGCGUUUUGCCUGCUCAGGAAGUACAAUUCUGCCUACGGUCAUGAUCCCCAAAAGAUAGUAACUAAAAUCAAUCUCAACAUUCCCGUAGAAUUUGAUCAAUUGCAACUCUUGAAGGAAUUUGUAAUGAUAGUCGUAAUAAAAAACAAUAAAUGCAUGUACUUUUGUAUUUCGUGUCACCCAUUCUCACAAGUGCCAUCAUAUCAUGUUCUAAUAAAAUGUGUUUCUUCUUUUCUGUGGCAUUGUUUCUUUGUCAUAAAAGUAGUUUGAAAUAAAAUGUAAAAAACGAAUUAAACUUAA